AUGCGUUCGCCGCAGCGACGCCGACGUCCACCGUCCUCCUCGUCCCGAUCCCGCUUGUCCGUACAGACCGAACCCCCUUUACAGGAUCCUCGAGAAUUACAGACUCUUUUGACGGUCAGUUUACGUGCAUUGUGGGGUGAUCUCGAACCGUACAGUGCCAGUGUGCGGGUAUCCGAGUCGGACGACGCGCUCGGUGACCACGACAAGGACGUUCCGGGACGACUGUACGUGUCCUGUCCUUCCGCCGCCGUCGAACACGUGCGUGCCGCUUUGACCUGGAAUACACCGCCACCCUACAUGCAAGACAUGAUCUAUAGACUGGACGUGGUGGACGUCCAAUUGUGGAAGACGGUACCAGCCUAG